AUGGCCUACUUUUCGCAUGUCGGCCACUACAUCGAAUGGAUUACCGUGGCACUCGACCUUUUCUCUCCUUCGCAGUGCGGCUUCCGCUGUUCGCGUGCCACUGCCGAGGUCGUUGCAACGCUAGAUGAGGUUCUACACAACAGAGAGGCCGGCUACCUCAUCCUGCUUAACAGUAACGCAGUAUUUCACUCCCUGCCACACCCCACUAUUCUGAACGUGGUGCGCGAUCUCAGAGUGGCUGGUCUUCUUUUCGCGUACAUCACUGCCUUCCUCGGCGGCAGAACUAUGUGUGUGUGCGUCGAUGGAGUUUUUAGUGAGCCGCCUCCUGUGAAUGUCGGUGCUCUGCAGGGCAGUGUACUCAGCCCCUUUCUGUUCAAGCUCGCCCUGGCUGACACCGACGACCACGUUCCCCGUGCCCUCCCCUGUGAUGUACGCGUCGCCCUACGCGCAUAA